CCUGUGGUGUGAUAUUGGUGGGCGUGGUUAGAUUAAACCACUUCCAACUUGUCAGCGUCGCUCACGCGAGUUGGGUAUUUCGCGUUGGUGAUAAGAAGACAAUAGUUUAUCCGGCUGAACCGUUCAAGAAUAUGAUGCUUUUCGUCGUAGUAGCGUGUUGGAUUGGCAUUGCUGCUGGUGCCCUGGUUGCUACUACUGCUGCUGGUGUUGGUGAAGAUGAUGAUGAGAUUGAGUCGCUAACGGUGUCGGAAGGAGGAAACCUCACCAUCUCUAUUCACAUUGAGAAGUGGGAGAAAGACCCUCAGGUUCUAGUUUUUCGUCUCUCACUCGACUCGUCACAGGAACCGAUAGCGCAGAUGAUCUGUCAUAACGGGGGCUGUACACAGACGCGCUGGAGACCCGGGGCUUCUCUGAGAGCGGAUCGUGAGAGUGUGACUCUGAUCCUAAUGAAUGUCCACUACAAUCAGACGGGGCUUUACGAGAUUCGCAAACACAGCAACAAACCGCUCGAGAACAAGAUUUACAACGUUACCGUGUCUCAGCCUCCACUCAGUACCAUCAUCCCAGAAAAAUCUGCUUCUGCCACGCACAGAGAAUUUACUGCAGGAAUAAGUGCAGCUGUGGUGGCCGCAGUUUUAGUGGUCCUCGCUUUAGCGGUCCUCGUUGGCGCUGUCAUUUAUAGGAAAUGCAGAAAGGAAAAUUUAGGAGGGACAGAUCCCGAAGUGAUCAUGCAGGUUCCUUAUAGUUACUGUAUUAUUGCAACCUCAUCCAGUGCAGGACUAAGCUGAAUGGAAAAACAAGAUGGUUCAACAAUAGGGAAUCAAAAUGUUUCAUUCGAUGAGGAAUGUAACCACUGGUGCUGUUUUCCCAAGAGAUCCCAGGAGCUUCUGCUGCCUUUGAGCAGCACCUGCCGGCACAACAGCUGUUACUGCAUUAUAACGAUUCUUUUUUUUUUAGCAUUAUUUUUUUACCAUACACUCCCAAACAGCUCUUUUUUUUUUUUUUUUUUUAGACACCCUAAAAAUGAAAUUUUUUAGCUGUUAUAAUAAAUGAUCGGUUGGGUAUUUUGGUCUGAAACUUCAGACACAUUCUGGGGACACCUAAGACCAAUAUUACAUCUACAUAAUGGGUGCCCUUUAAUAGUUUUGCAUCAGUAUGAAUGGCUAAAUGACUGUUGCUUUUAUUUGUAGCACCACUGUACUCUAAUAAUGGCUCCUUUUAAUAGUUUCCUUUAAUUAGAAAUGGGAGAUUUUCAAGUAGUAAGCUAUUUCUGUUUUUUAAUAUGUGACCCUGGAGCACAAAACCAGUCAUGAGUAGCACGGGUAUAUUUGUAGCAAUAGCCAAAAAUACAUGAUCGGUUUUUCUUUUAUGCCAAAAAUCAUCAGGAUGGUAAAAAUCUUGUUCCAUAAAGAUAUUUUGUAAAUUUCCUACCAUAAAUAUAUCAGAACUUAAUUUUUGACUAGUAAUAUGCAUUGCUAUGAACCUCAUUUGGACAAGUUUAAAGAAAAUAUUUUGAAGAUGGGUACAAUUUCUUCAACUUUCAUCAUUCUUUCUUUCUCGGCCAAAUAUAGUCUUAUCCUAACAAACCUUAUAUCAAUGGGAAGCGUAUUUAUUCAGCAGAUGAUGUAUAAAACUCAAUUUAAAAAAAUUGGCCCUUAUGACUGGUUUUGUUGUCCAAGGUCACAUUUAAGCUGUUUCGUUUGGACCAAGAUAAUCAUCACUUGAGGCUUUAUUUAUUAUUGUUUCUUUAUAUUAUUUAUUGAUGUUUCUAUAUAUUCAAUAUUUUUGUAUUGUCUGUGCAUUCUGUUUGUAUUUAUUUGAUUAUUUAAAAUAUAUUCAAGUCUUA